CCUAUCGAAUUGUAGUUAACUAUUACACAUCCUCUCAUCCGUUACAACAACGAUUAAAGGCAAAGAUUGAAAAUCUACCAGAAAUCCGAAACUGGUACGAUACCGACAAAAUGCGAAGCAAUCUUGCCAUAAUCAAAGAUGCAUACACUGUUCUAGCACAAAGUUCGAACAAUAGAUCUUUUCUAGAAACAGAUUUUUAUUACAUAAUAGCAUCAAAAUUUCCGAGGGAUGCUGUAAGGGAUCUAAUGCAGAAGUAUGGAUCCAAGCUAACCGUGUCACAAUAUAUAACCAACAUUAACAUGUACAUUGAACAGAAUGAAGAACAACAGAUUAUUUUGUCAAAGUCUAAUUUUUUUCAAUCAAAAAGUCAAAAUACUAAACCGCGUCCGAGACAAAAUAAUCUGCAAAAUCCUUUCUAUAGUAAUUUCUCUCCAAGAAAUUACCAUCGGACAAAUUUCAACUCUAGGAACUUCGCACCUAGACAUAGACAACCACAACCAACGAUCACAUUUCCAAAUGAACAACAACAUCUAAACGCAAUAUUAAAUACACCAUCAACAUCAAGAGCAACCAAUGCCUUGGUGCCAUAUCAACAACAACAACAAAAACAAAAUUAUAAACCAAAUAGUGAAUGUGUCUUUUGUAAACAAAAACACAUUCCAACAUCCUGUCCUAAACCAAUAAAAGAAAAACUUAAAAUCUUGAAUGCCCAAAAAAGAUGUAUAAGAUGUUUCUCCUCUUUUCACAUGAUUAAUGAAUGUCCAUUGGGGUUUCUUUGCCGAUUAUGUCACGUCUUACAAUGA